AUGACACGUGGCCUUCACUUGGUGCUGCUACUUGUACUAGCGUGCUUUAUAGCGCUCUCCGUAGCUGGUAAAGACUAUUACGAGAUCUUGGGCGUAUCUCGUGACGCAUCAUCGGCUGAAAUCAAGCGCGCGUUCCGUAAAUUGUCGCUUAAACAUCAUCCUGACAAGAACCCAGGAGACGAGACUGCUGCCACAAAAUUUGCAGAAGUAGCUAGUGCAUAUGAUGUGUUGUCGGACGACGAGAGAAAAGACAAAUACGACCGUUACGGCGAGGAAGGACUUACUAAUGCUGGUGGAGGGGACAACCAUGACCCGUUUGACAUUUUCUCACAGUUUUUCGGUGGUGGUCGUAAUCGGCGUGAACAAGAACCAUCACGAGGUCCUGAUGUGGUGAUGCCAUUGCGAGUAUCACUGUCUGAUUUGUACAAUGGCAAGAGUUUGCAAUUUUCUAUUCGUCGUGAGACAAUUUGCCACCAUUGUCAUGGCAAAGGUGCAGCUCAUGAGGAAGAUAUCCAUGUAUGCUCGGAGUGUCGUGGACACGGUGUGAAGACGUCGACACGACGUGUGGGUCCAGGCUUUAUCCAGCAGUUUCAAACCACUUGUACCAAGUGUCAUGGCAAGGGAAAAAUCUACACGAGCACGUGUCCAGUGUGUGGUGGUCGCAAAGUGGAGAUGACCGACCUUAACUUUGACGUGGAGCUGGACAAGGGCACGCCUGACAAUUUUGAGAUUGAACUGGAAAAUUACGCCGACGAAAUUCCAGGUCAACCGGCUGGUCAUGUGCGUUUGCAGGUACUUACUGCACCGCAUCCAAUGUUCACGCGUGAAGGUGACGAGUUGUGGAUGGACAUGGACAUUUCGCUGCGUGAAGCACUUAUUGGGUUUAAAAGGAGCUUUACGCAUUUAGAUGGACGGCGAGUGGAAGUAGUCCGUGAUGAAAUCACGCCGCCUCGUUUUGUCACGGUGCUGAAAGAUGAGGGCAUGCCAAAGCAGCAUCGCCCGUUGGAAAAAGGUCAGCUGCACAUUAAGUUGCACGUCCAAUUCCCCGAGAAUCUUUCAGAAGAGCAAAAGGUCGGCUUUCGCAAGUUAUUUUCGAUGAAGUAA